GGUGAAGCCCGAUGCACAGCCCCUUUUCGCUUCCGGCGAGCAAACGAAGAUCGUCUGAUUACGGCGUCAACGCAUUUGGAUUCUGUCUGGGGGUGAUGGUGAUUGUUUGAUGAUGUUUCAUACCCACAUUGGUAUGGUCCUGCUAUGGCAAAGCGGUGCAGCCGCCGGUUGGUCGUGGGGGGGGGUUGCGGAGGUGUGGCAAUGCAGGACUUUGUAUCAGGAUUAGGAACUCUCUCGCGGGAAACGAAGACGCGCCGCGCGUUAUUCUCGCGUCGCGCAUCGCGUCACCAGAUCUGGCGGUGGCGGUGGCGGUGGAUGUCGAGAUGUGGCUGGGCCUGAUGGCUUGGCCGCACCCCGCAAUACAGGAGUGGCGUGGCGCUU